AUACCCAUACAGUAAAAAAACCCAACUCUCCCUUCACGAAAAGCCCACAAAUCCCCGUCCCUUACCUCUUCUCUUCCUUCUAAACGGCGUAACGAGGCUCCUCCUCAAAACGCCGUUACUUUUCCUCCACCCCGUUAAGUCACGUGCCUUGCCACAAAUUUUUUAGUCGGCUUCAAAUCAUGGAAUUAGAGCAGUUAAGCCUCGCUCCUAAUCUCGUUGACGGCGACACUGACGGCCCUAGUAACGGCAGGUCGACGACGGUCACCGACGGUGGAGAUGACGGAAGCAAGGCCCCGAGACUCCCGCGCUGGACGCGGCAAGAAAUUUUGGUCCUCAUACAGGGCAAACGAGUGGCUGAGAACCGGGUUCGGAGAGGUCGUACGGCGCGCAUGGGGCUCGGGUCGGGCGUUGUGGAGCCCAAGUGGGCAUCUGUCUCGUCGUACUGUAAGCUACACGGGGUAAACCGGGGUCCGGUUCAGUGCCGGAAGAGGUGGAGCAAUUUGGCCGGUGACUUCAAGAAGAUUAAGGAGUGGGAGACUCACAUAAGGGAGGAAACGGAGUCGUUUUGGGUGAUGAGGAACGAUUUGAGAAGAGAGAGGAGGCUUCCAGGGUUUUUCGACAGGGAGGUUUACGAUAUUUUAGACGGAACGUCGACCGGAGGUCCCACGGGGCUCGCGUUGGCGUUGGCACCGCCACAGGUAGGGGCUUCCGGUGAUGUGGACGAGCCGGAUGCAGAGGCGGAACACGUCUUUGAUAGCGGGAGGAGCGCCGCCGCAGAGGACGGCCUGUUUUCCGACUUCGAACAUGACGAUGCGGCGAUAACACCGGAAAAGCAGACACCGCCGAAGGAUGUUCCACCGAUUACCAUUGCAGUGGCAGCUCCGGCGCCGAUUUCUGAGAAGCAGUACCAACCAGAUCCUCCACCGCCACCACCACCAGGGUUUCAAGCUCCAGAUGCAGCCAAUGUGAAACAACCAGCGUCGAACCCGGAGAUGGGAUCUACUUCUCAGGAGGGACGGAAAAGGAGACGAGUUGUGACAGAUGUGGAUGAGGAAACAACUAAUCUCCAGAAUCAGUUGAUUGAUGUCUUGGAAAGGAACGGCAAAAUGUUAAGGGCGCAACUUGAAGUUCAGAAUACCAAUUGCCAGUUGGAUCGGGAGCAGCGCAAAGUCCACGCUGAUGGCCUAGUUUCCGUUCUUAACAAGCUUGCAGAUGCCCUAGGAAGAAUUGCUGAUAAAUUAUAGAGAAGUGCGAUCAGAAUACUGUAUAUAGGAAAAGUUCUUUCCAAGCCCUAUAGAUGAUAGCCGAGGCUGAAGAAUCGGUGGAUUGAAUGGUUUUCCAGGCCCUAUAGAAGAUAGUCGAGGCUGAAGAAUUGGUGGAUUGAAUUACUUCCAGGACGGGAUUCUGUUUCGCAUUUGAUUUUCCUUUAUCAGUAUACCUUCUCUGCUCUUUAUAUCUUAUUUUUUCCAUACACAGAUAAUAAUAUUACAGUUCAUACCAAUUUUCUGCAAUUAUUCUUAGAAUUAUCAGGUUUAUAUGGAAUUAUGGAUAGAUAUCUUACUCCAUCAAUUCUAGUGGAUUGAUUUUGUUGAUACUGCAAUGGAUAUUCGGUCGGAAUUUCAAUUUAAGUUAGCCUAUUGUA